CGGAUGAAGAUGGCAAUGUCUCUCAUCCGAGCGUGCCGCAGUCUGGCUCUCUCAACAUGGCUGCUUUCCUUUUGUUUCGUUCAUCUGCUUUGCCUGGACUUCACCGUGGCCGAGAAGGAGGAAUGGUACACCGCCUUCGUGAACAUCACCUACGCCGAGCCCGCGCCGGACUCCGGGCCCGGGGCGGCGGGCGGCGGCGGCGGCGGCGGCGGCCCCGAGCUGCGCACCGAGAAGACCGAGUGCGGGCGCUACGGGGAGCACUCGCCCAAGCAGGACGCGCGCGGGGAGGUGGCCAUGGCCAGCUCGGCGCACGACCGCUUGGCCUGCGACCCCAGCACCAAGUUCGCCGCCCCUGCCCACGGCAAGAACUGGAUAGCCCUCAUCCCCAAGGGCAACUGCACGUACAGGGACAAGAUCCGGAACGCGUUCCUGCAGAACGCCUCCGCCGUGGUCAUCUUCAACGUGGGCUCCAGCGCCAACGAGACCGUCACAAUGUCCCACGCAGGUGUAGAAGACAUCGUGGCAAUAAUGAUUCCUGAGCCAAAAGGGAAGGAGAUAGUAAGCCUGCUGGAAAGAAACAUCACCGUGACGAUGUACAUCACUAUCGGAACCCGGAACUUGCAGAAAUACGUGAGCCGCACUUCGGUUGUGUUUGUCUCCAUCUCCUUCAUUGUCCUGAUGAUCAUUUCCCUCGCAUGGCUGGUCUUUUAUUAUAUCCAGAGGUUUCGAUAUGCAAAUGCCAGGGAUAGGAAUCAGCGCCGUCUGGGAGAUGCAGCAAAGAAAGCGAUCAGCAAGCUCCAGGUCAGGACCAUCAAGAAGGGAGAUAAGGAAACAGAGCCUGAUUUUGACAACUGUGCAGUUUGUAUUGAAGGGUACAAGCCCAACGACAUUGUCCGGAUCUUGCCCUGCCGGCAUCUUUUCCACAAGUCCUGUGUUGACCCCUGGCUUCUAGACCAUCGCACCUGUCCCAUGUGCAAGAUGAACAUUCUUAAAGCCCUAGGGAUCCCGCCCAAUGCCGACUGCAUGGACGACUUGCCCACCGACUAUGAGGGCUCUCUGGGAGGUCCACCAGCCAGUCAGAUCACUGGUGCCAGCGACACUACUGUGAAUGAAAGCUCAGUCACUCUGGGCCCUGCUAUCCGGACUGUGGGAGCCCUGCAGGUGGUUCGGGACACAGAUCCCCCACCUCAGGAGGGAGAAGCCAUCUUUACUACCAACAGUGAGCAGGAGCCAGCAGUAAGCAGUGAUUCUGACAUCUCGCUGAUUAUGGCAAUGGAGGUUGGACUGUCUGAUGUAGAACUUUCCACUGAUCAAGACUGUGAAGAGGUGAAAUCUUGAAAUGACAAAUAUAGAAAAGAAGGGUCAGUUGGACCCUAGGGGAACAAAGGGAGGACUGCCCCAAGGCUUGGAAUGGGCACACCCACCUCCCCGUACACCUUGGCGACUCCAGGGCACUCUGCUCAAGAAUGGUAAUGAAAAGCAAUAUCCAAAGUCAUGUUAAUCAGGACAGUUUCUCCAUCUCUACAACAGUCCAGGGCCUUGGCAGCUUGGAAGUCGAAAGCUGAUUUUCCCUCCCACGUCCUUGUAGUCACACACUUCAGAAGCACUAAAACUGACUGAAAAGACAA